CCCUUCGCUGCCGCCCCGGGGGCCGGAGCAUGAGCCUCGCGCCCGGGCGCCUGCAGUGAGGCCAGCCGGGCCCCGCGUUCUCUGCGCCAUGAAUCUGCACCAGGUGCUGACGGGCGCCGUGAACCCCGGGGACAACUGCUUCUCCGUGGGGAGCCUCCACGACCAGCCGCUCACGGCUUAUGCAUCAGGAUGUGAUAUUGUUAUAUUGGGGACUGAUUUUGAAAGAUUACAAAUAAUCCCUGGAGCAAAACAUGGGAAUAUUCAAGUUGGAUGUGUGGACUGCUCAAUGCAGCAGGGGAAGAUUGCAGCUUCUUAUGGAAACAUGAUUUGUAUUUUUGAACCAGUUACUGUCCUGAAACAGAAGAGCAAUCAUCCUGCUGGGGUGUAUUACCAGUGGCAGAAGUGUGGUCAAAUUUUACUGGACUCUAUAGCACAUAAUAUAACAUGGGAUCCCACAGGCACUCGUCUCUUGACUGGUUCCAGCUGUCUGCGGCUUUGGUCCAAUGUUAAUUUGGAAAAGCAAUCUGAAGAUGGCAAUCCUGAAAGAACAGAUGUUAGCUUUGGGGACUGGAGGUGUAUGUGGCAAUGCAAAACUGCUUCCCAAGUUUAUCUAAUGAAAUUUUCACCGGAUGGGGAAUUCUUUGCUACUGCAGGAAAGGACGACUGUCUUGUAAAAGUGUGGUAUAAUACCGAUAGUUGGCGAUCAGCAGUAACACCUCAAAGUUCAAGUCCACAAAAACAAGCACAAGAUGUUGAUUUUUCAUUUGUUUACUUGGCCCAUCCUCGAUCUGUAAAUGGAUUUUCAUGGAGGAAGACAAGCAAAUACAUGCCACGUGGUGCUGUAUGCAAUGUACUGCUGACUUGCUGCAAGGAUAAUGUAUGCCGUCUCUGGGCAGAGACUUUGUUACCCAAUGAUAGUUUAUCAUGCGCUGGUGGAUACAACCAUUGGACUGAACCAGUGAACUUAACCAAUAACUUCAAAAGAAAUGCUUCUAGUAAGGAACGAAUGCAAAAUGCUUUAGAGUUAAAUCUAAGGCCCUUUCGACGAGGAAGGAGAAGGUCACUUGCCCUUAUAGCACAUACUGGAUAUUCCCCCCAUCAGCAAGAUCCUCAUGAAGUUCACAGGAACACUCCUUUGCAUGCAAAUGCACUCUGUCACUUUCAUAUUGCUGCCAGCAUCAACCCAGCCACAGACAUUCCUCUACUCCCUUCUAUCACGUCUCUGAGUCUCAGUGAGAAUGAAGAGAAAAGUGGGCCAUUUGUAGUGCACUGGCUGAACAAUAAAGAACUGCAUUUUACCCUCUCCAUGGAAGUAUUUUUGCAGCAUCUUAAAAAGAGCUUUGAGCAGCAUUCUUCAGAGACCAGCACUGAAGAGUCAAAUCAGUUGGAUGGCAAAUCAGAUGAAGAAGCUGAUGAUAGUGGAGAAGAGCAAAAAGGAAAUCAAGAGAAGAAAGAACUGGGUAGUGAGAAAACUGUUCCAAAUUCUGGCUUUGUUCCUUUAUCUUCUGCUAUUAUUGAUCAUGAGAUUGAAAUACUAUUGUCUGAGUGGAGCAAAAAUGCGGACAUGCUUUUCAGUAUUCAUUCCAUGGAUGGUUCGUUGUUGGUAUGGCAUGUGGACUGGCUAGAUGAAUAUCAGCCUGGUAUGUUUCGCCAGGUGCAGGUGUCUUUCGUUUCAAGAAUUCCAGUAGCAUUUCCAACAGGUGAUGCAAAUUCUCUUUGCAGAAGUAUAGUGAUGUAUGCCUGCACCAAGAAUGUUGACCUCGCUAUUCAACAAGGCAAACAGAAGCCCCUUGGCCUUACACGUUCCUCAUCUAUGCUUAUCUCUUCUGCCCACAAUAAAUCAACUAACAGUUUAAAAUUAAGUAUCUUCACUCCCAACGUUAUGAUGAUUUCAAAACAUGCAGAUGGGUCUUUAAACCAGUGGCUAGUUAGUUUUGCAGAGGAAUCUGCUUUUUCUACUGUGCUCAGUAUUUCACAUAAAUCUCGAUAUUGUGGUCAUCGUUUUCAUCUUAAUGACUUGGCUUGUCAUUCAGUGUUACCUUUGCUGCUGACAACUUCUCAUCAUAAUGCUUUAAGAUCACCAGAUGUUGACAGCACAAAACAGACAAAUGAUACUUCAAAUUCUGGAGAGUCGCCUUUAAGAUCUCAGAAUAGAGGCACUACAAGUGUAACGUCCCAGGAUCCCAAUGCAGUUUAUAGUGAGCUUAUUCUUUGGCGAGUUGAUCCAGUUGGUCCAUUAUCCUUUUCUGGAGGAGUUUCUGAACUUGCACGAAUUAAUUCUCUCCAUGUUUCAGCUUUUUCUAAUGUGGCAUGGCUGCCUACACUUAUACCCAGUUACUGUCUCGGUGCAUACUGCAAUUCUCCAAGUGCUUGCUUUGUGGCAAGUGAUGGACAGUAUCUGAGAUUAUAUCAGGCUAUAAUAGAUGCUAAAAAGCUUUUGUGUGAGCUAUCCAAUCCUGAAAUUUCUAAAUAUGUUGGUGAAGUUUUUAACAUCAUAAGUCAACAGUCUACUGCAAGGCCAGGGUGCAUUGUAGAGUUGGAUGCUAUUACAGAGCUUCAUGGCAGAAAAACACAGUUACUUCAUGUUUUUCAAGAAGACUUCAUUUUGAAUAACGAUGAUGAGAAAAUACCUGAAAAGAACAACUGUUUAGCAGACUCUGGAAACCUGCAAAAUGGAUUCUCUGAAAAAUUUUACUUAAUAGUAAUUGAAUAUACUCAAAACCGCUCAUUAUUACACAUGUGGAACUUACACUUGAAGUCUGUUCCAGUUUCAGUGGAUGAAAAAAUAGACUCAAAUAUAGCUGAAGCAGUGUCACAUCAUGAAGAGCUAUAUUCUUCCUCUCCGGAUCCAGAGAAGAUCCAAUCUCCCUUCACGCAGAAAUAUCAGGCCUGUAGAGCAAACCUUCAAAGUACCAGUCGUCUGACUCUCUCUUCGGAAAUGGUUUAUAGUCAAGAGUUGAAUUUACCAGAAGGAGUGGAAAUAAUAAGUGUUAAACCAUCAGCAGGACACCUGAGUUCCUCCUCCGUAUAUCCAGUUUGUCAUGCCCCUUAUCUACUGGCAACUUCUUGCUCAGAUGGAAAAGUUAGGUUCUGGAGAUGCAGAGUGACUCCUGAGGCAGUGGUUUCUUCUACGCCAGAAUAUACUAUAAAUAGUAAUGUUACGUAUAUAUGGGAAGAAUGGCCACUACUUGUUGAGGAUGGACUUCUUAGUAGUAGUACUGUGAAUGUUCCAGGCAGGCCAGUAGAAGUUAGUUGUGCACAUACAAAUAGAUUAGCUGUAGCAUACAAGCAGAUGACAUCUAAAAAUAGUCGAUGUUCUCAAGAUUUCAUGAUGCAUGUUAGUAUUUUUGAAUGUGAAUCUACAGGAGGAUCAUGUUGGAUUCUGGAACAGACUCUUCAUUUAGAUGAAAUAAGCAUAAUGUUGGACUCUGCCAUUAGUAUUGACAGUAAUUUAAUGGCAUACAAUAAACAAGAAGUUUAUUUAUCUAAUAAUGAGAGGAUUUUGCCCAGCACAAAGCACUUGGUUCACUUAGACUGGAUGUCUAAGGAAGAUGGAUCACAUAUCCUAACAGUAGGAAUUGGAUCAAAGCUUUAUAUGUUUGGCCAACUGGUUGGGAACAUGCAUGACCAAAGUAGUAAGGAGAUGUCUGCAUUGCCACUGUGGGAAAAUGCAAAAGUUACAUCCCUUUGUAGGUUUGUACUGCUACGGUGCGUGGACUUAGUUUCUUCAGUAGAAGGAUCACCUCCUUUGCCAGUUUCUUUAUCUUGGGUACGUGAUGGCAUCCUUGUAGUUGGGAUGGAUUGUGAAAUGCAUGUUUAUUCUCAGUGGCAAUCCCCUUCAAAACAAGAGUCAGUUACGAGUGAUUCUUACAGUGGAAGCACACCAUCUAUCACUAGCUUAAUGAAACAAAGCCAGUCGGCUGGUUCUGGCCUGCACCCACCAAAGCGAACCUUAACCAGAUCCAUGACAAGUCUUGCACAGAAACUUAGUGGAAAGAGAACUGCAUUUGAUCUGUCUGUGGAAAUGGAAGAUUCUGGUCUUUUUGAAGCAGCUCAUGCAUUAUGUCCAACUUUACCUCAGUACCACCCUUUCCAGCUUCUUGAGCUUAUGGACCUUGGUAAAGUACGUAGAGCAAAAGCCAUCCUGUCUCAUUUGGUGAAAUGUAUUGCUGGGGAAGUUGUUGCUAUAAAUGAAUCUGAACCUAAUCAUGAUCGGCGACUUAGAUCUCUCACAAUUAGUGCUAGUGGAAGCACUGCAAGAGACCCCAAGACAUUCAACAAAACUGAGAAUACAGACUAUACAGAAAUAGACUCUGUUCCACCACUUCCUUUGUAUGCAUUGCUUGCUGCAGAUGAUGACUGCUCACAUUUUUGUUUAGAGAAAUCCAACAAUCAAAAUAACUUAAAUAAACAAAAUGGUUUACCUGAUGAAAAUUAUGAAGAUCUUUUUCAAAACUCCAGCCUAAAUACAGAUGAUCUUACCGUGUUUGAAGCAGAUGAAGAUAAUACAAAGCCAAAGGUCAUUGAUCUUUCUCAGUACAGCCCAACUUACUUUGGACCAGAGCAUGCCCAAGUUCUGUCUCGUCACUUGAUGCAUUCUAGCUUACCAGGUCUCACCAGGAUGGAGCAAAUGUCAUUGAUGGCCUUGGCAGAUACAAUUGCUACUACCAGUACUGAUAUUGGAGAAAGCAGAGACAGAAACCAGGGUGGAGAAACGCUUGAUGAAUGUGGCUUAAAAUUCCUUCUGGCUGUUCAGCUGCACACAUUUCUGACAACCUCACUUCCUCCUGUCCAUCGAGCCCAGCUACUUCACCAAGGCUUGUCUACUCGUCACUUUGCCUGGGCAUUUCAUUCAGUAGCAGAAGAAGAACUACUGAACAUGCUUCCUGUUGUGCAGAAAGGGGAUCCGACCUGGUCAGAACUCAGAGCUAUGGGUGUAGGAUGGUGGGUUCGGAAUAUCCAUAGUUUGCGCAGAUGCAUAGAAAAGGUAGCCAAAGCAGCUUUUCAACGAAACAACGAUCCACUUGAUGCAGCUAUUUUUUACCUUGCAAUGAAAAAGAAGGCUGUGAUUUGGGGAUUAUACAGGUCCCAAAAAGAAACUAAGAUGACACAGUUUUUUGGGAACAAUUUUACUGAAGAUAGAUGGCGUAAAGCAGCAUUAAAGAAUGCUUUUUCUUUAUUAGGCAAACAGCGCUUUGAACAUUCUGCAGCAUUUUUCUUGUUGGCUGGUCACUUGAAGGAUGCAGUUGAGGUCUGCCUUGAAAAAUUGGGUGACAUUCAGCUGGCUCUUGUAAUAUCAAGGCUUUAUGAGUCAGAAUUUGAAGUAUCUAGUAUGUAUAAAUCCAUACUGCAGAAGAGAAUUUUGGGAAGUGCCUUUCCUGGUAAGGAGAGCUCAUCAAACAUGCAUUGUGACCCUUUUCUACGAAGUAUGGCUUUUUGGAUUUUGGAAGAUUAUAGCAGGGCUCUUGAUACUCUAAUUAAACAACCUGCUGGAAAUGAAGAAGGUAAGAGUCUAAAUAUUUGUGACCCUUCAGUGUUCAACUUUUAUAAUUAUCUAAGGACGCAUCCUCUCCUGCUGAGACGUCAUUUUGGCUCUUCUGAAACGUCUUCAACACGCAUUUGCCUAACUGUAGAAAAUGGACUGGCAGACAAAAUAAAUUUAAGUGAAAGAAGAUUGUUUUUCACUACAGCACAUGCACAUUUAAAAGCUGGCUGUCCCAUGUUGGCUCUAGAAGUGUUAUCAAAAAUGCCAAAAGUGGUCAAGAAGUCAAAGCCUUUUUGUACAAAUUCUAGUUUAAUGGACAUGAGUAAAGAUUUUUCACCUUCUUCACCAAUAAGGUUAGAGACCAAGGAAGAUAAAGCUUCCAUUGUUGAUUGGGCACAACCAGUACUAAAUGGUUUGGGAUUGUCUUCAGAUUGUUCAUCAGACAAACAGUCAAGCUCUGCUCUUUCUUUUGAUUGGAGUCAACCAAGUCUAGUAUUCCAAGAUGAACCGUUGGAGCUAAAGUGGGAAAGUGACAAAGAUGAAGAAAGUGAAGAUUCUUCUCUUGUAAUGAAAGAGCUGAAACCUUUGCAGAAGAUGACGAGUGAAAAGCUAGAUGAAACUAGUUCUAACUACUCCGAGUCUUUCAGUGCAGUUGAUGAAAAUUAUCUUUUAAGUCCAUCAGAAGAUGUGAUCUCAGCACAGUUGAAGUUUAGAGCAUGCUUGAAGAUUCUCACAGUAGAGCUUCGUACACUAUCCACUGGUUAUGAGGUAGAUGGUGGGAAGCUGCGGUACCAGCUUUACCACUGGCUUGAAAGAGAAGUUGUAGCUCUUCAAAAAACCUGUGACUACAGUGCUGAAAUAGAGGAGGUUCAACCUGGGAUUAGCGUGACUGUUGAUGAAAUUGCAUUAAGUGAAAACACUGAAGAAUUAUCUGACCAAUCAAAAGCCAUGCUGCAGAGAGAGAAUUUUCAGAAAAGGCGACAAUGGCUUCUAAAAUACCAGUCACUCCUGAGGAUGUUUCUUAGUUACUGUAUACUUCAUGGAUCUCAUGGUGGGGGGUUGGCAUCCGUGAGGAUGGAACUGAUUUUGCUUUUACAAGAAUCUCAGCAGGAACAGUCAAUACAAACACUUCCUAGUCCUCUGCCAGAACAGAACUCUAUACCUCUCCUAUUUGCCUGCACAGCCAGUGCCAAAACAGUGGUGGCCAGUCCAUUACUGCAUCUCAGCAACCUGACUCAUGAUAUAUUACAUGCAGUAAUAAACCUUGAUUCACCGCCUCACCCAGAUAUCCAGAACAAUAAGAUACAUGUAAUGCAUACCUUAGCAGCAUCACUCUCUGCCUGCAUCUACCAGUGCCUUUGUGGUGGCCACAGCUACAGUUCAUUACAAGCAAACCAGUUCACUGGAACAGUAUAUCAGACACUGCUGCUUACCCAGCGACAUACUCUAAGAACAACAAGCUUAGAUGAAACUGUAACUCCCAAUACAUCUCCAGCUCAAUGGCCAGGAAUAACAGCUCUGAUACGUCUUUUGAAUUCUGCUGGCGAGGAAGCCCAGCCAGGACUCACAGUUUUACUUUGUGAAAUUCUAACAGCAGUCUAUCUUAGUCUCUUCAUUCAUGGUCUAGCAACUCAUUCCAGCAGUGAAUUGUAUAGAAUUAUGGCCCAUCCUUUUAAUGACAAAAUGUGGUCUGCUGUCUUUGGUGGAGGAGCUCAUAUUCCUAGCAGAGGACAGAUGCAACAGACAACAAUUUUAAUUUCUUCUUCUGUAGACAAUGGUAAGAAGCAACAAAAAAGUUUUACGCUUUCAUCAAAAAUCUCUCCGAAAGAAAUUUCACAGUCUCCAUCAUCUUUGGUAGAGCAAGAAUCUCCAUCUUACAGGGAAAAGUUUAUCCCUCCUGAACUUAGUAUCUGGGACUAUUUCAUAGCAAAGCCUUUUCUUCCAACCUCACAAAGUAGAGUGGAAUACGAUUCAGAGGAGAGUCAGGGAAGCGAUGAUGAGGAUGACGAUUUUACAUCAGAUUUACACCUUCAGGAGCACUCUAAUUCAAAUUCAUACAGUUGGUCACUGAUGCGAUUGGCUAUGGUUCAGUUGGUGCUUCAUAGGUUGAAGAAUUUCUACCCCUUGGCUGGGCAUGAUCUGUCAGAGCUUCCAGUUAGCUCCCCACUGUGCCAUGCCAUUCUGAAGACAUUUCAGCGCUGGGAGCAAGUUCUUCUGCGGCGACUUGAGAUACAUGGUGGCCCACCUCAGAAUUUAAUUUCUGCUCAUACUUCUGAGGAUGCAUUAUCGGCAGGUCCUGCGCUCCUUCGCCACAAAGCUUUGCUUGAACCUACAAACACUCCUUUCAAAUCUAACAGUCAUGUUGCACUGUCUGUGAAGAGGCUUUGGCAGUACUUGGUUAAACAAGAGGAAGUCCAGGAAACCUUCAUCAGAAAUAUAUUUACAAAGAAAAGAUGCCUAAAUGAGUCAUUAGAGGACCACAGUGAAACCAUCAAAAAUACUAUGAUGGAGGAGCCCAUCUUCAAUAAGAUAGAAGCAGAUCUGGGAUAUCCAGGAGGUAAAGCAAGAAUUAUUCAUAAAGAAUCUGACAUCAUUACUGCUUUUGCAGUCAAUAAAGCAAACAGGAACUGCAUUGCAAUAGCUUCCAGCCAUGACAUUCAAGAACUAGAUGUUUCUGGGAUUCUAGCUACACAAAUCUACACCUGGGUUGAUGAUGACACAGAAGUGGAGGCUAAAGGGUCUGAUGACUUCUUGGUUAUACAUGCUCGUGAUGACCUGGCAAAUGUUCAGGGUACUACACCUUAUACACACAGCAAUCCUGGCACCCCUAUCAACAUGCCUUGGCUUGGUAGUACACAGACUGGGAGAGGUGCAUCUGUGCUGAUCAAGAAGGCUAUUAAUAAUGUCAGAAGAAUGGCUUCCCAUCCAACUCUACCUUAUUACUUGACGGGUGCUCAAGAUGGUAGUGUGAGAAUGUUUGAAUGGGGCCAUUCACAACAAAUUACAUGUUUCCGCUCUGGUGGCAACUCAAGGAUAACACGAAUGAGAUUCAAUCACCAAGGAAAUAAGUUCGGGAUUGUUGAUGCUGAUGGAUAUAUAUGUUUAUAUCAAACAAACUGGAAGUGUUGCCCACUUACUGGAAGCACACCCAAACCAUAUCUGACGUGGCAGUGUCAUAACAAAACAGCCAAUGAUUUUGUUUUCAUCAGUUCCUCCUCUUUGAUAGCCACAGCUGGACAGGCUACUGAUAACAGAAAUAUAUGUUUGUGGGAUACCUUAGUUGCACCUGCAAAUAGUUUAGUGCAUGCUUUUAUCUGUCAUGAUACUGGGGCAACUGUGCUAGCAUAUGCUCCAAAACAUCAGCUUUUAAUAUCAGGAGGCAGAAAAGGCUUUACUUGUAUACUUGAUCUUCGCCAAAAGCAACAACGACAGCUAUUCCAGAGUCAUGAUUCUCCCGUUAAAGCAAUUGCUGUGGAUCCUGCAGAAGAAUACUUUGUUACAGGAUCGGCAGAAGGCAAUAUAAAGGUAUGGAGUUUAUCUACCUUUAAUCUUCUUCACACUUUCAUCAAUGAGCAUGCUCGACAGUCAAUCUUCAGAAACAUUGGGACAGGGGUCAUGCAGAUUGAGACAGGACCAGCAAAUCACAUAUUCUCCUGUGGAGCUGAUGGAACAGUAAAAAUGAGAAUCUUGCCUGAUCAAUUUAGCCCAGUAAAUGAAGUAUUGAAAAAUGAAGUGAAAUUUAUGCUCUGA